AGGGGUCAAAAGUAUAGGCCGCUCCACCCACUUAAACGCGUUUCGCGACACCCACGCGUAUCCUACCUUUUCUUCAACAUCCUACAAUUCAACAAUAUAGACCUCAAUCUACAAGAUUUUAUACGCAAAUUGAAGGCUAACCACAGGGCUAAACAGGAAUUAAGCCCAUAUCUUCGAGUAGCCAUUUGUAGCCUUAUGGCUAUAGGGUAUACCAAACAGUCUCUAGCAACCCUGUUCGGCAUUUCUAGACACGCUAUCCGUAGUAUAAUCGAACGUUGGAAUUCUUACCACACUUUCGAUUCCAAACCUCGAAGUGGCCGUCCUGAGGUUCUUACGCCUGCCGAGAAACGAUAUAUCCUUUUGAUACUAUUCUAUUUUUCUUCCGAGAAGUAUAACCGUCGAUUUAUUAACUUGAAGAACUAUAUAAGGGUAAAUAUUACGAUUAUAGUAUAG